AGCGUCCGCCUCAGGAUCUGGGGGUGACCACGUGCGGGAGCCUUGCGUCCCUGGCCUCGCUCCACUCCCCACUUUUAACGGUCACUCGGCCUUGAGCCAUCCUGAGUGUAUGUGAGGCUGAAAGGGAAGGAGGAACAGGGUCUGGGCCGCUGUAAGCUCUGCCGUCAUCUCUAAGAAACGACCAUACCACUGAAUGCUACUGUGUACUUACAAACCACGUUCAUAUUCGUCACGUCAUUUCAUCUUCACCCCCACCUCCAAAUGAGGCUUGAAAUGAGAUGAGAUGUUCCUCCCUCCCCUUUCAACCAUGGACCUCACACUGUGGCCUUUCUCUUAGAGCCUCUGAGAUUGGUACCCAAGCAAGGCACAAUGUCCCUGCUCCCCAUAAGACUGCCCAGCCCCUAUGGCUCUGAUCGGCUGGUACAGCUAGCAGCCAGGCUCCGGCCAGCACUAUGUGAUACUCUGAUCACCGUAGGGAGCCAGCAGUUCCCCGCCCACAGCCUGGUGCUAGCAGGUGUCAGCCAGCAGCUGGGCCGCAGGGGCCAGUGGGCUCUGGGAGAAGGCAUCAGCCCUUCUACCUUUGCCCAGCUCCUGCACUUUGUGUAUGGGGAGAGUGUAGAGCUGCAGCCUGGGGAGCUAAGGCCCCUUGAGGAGGCAGCCAGGGCCUUGGGAGUGCAGUCCCUGGAAGAGGCAUGCUGGAGGGCUCGAGCGGACAGGGCUAAAGAGCCAGAUCCAGUCCUGAAGAAACAUCAGGAGGAGCCAGAGAAACCCUCAAGGAAUCCUGAGAGAGAACUGGGGGACCCUGGAGAGAAGCAGAAACCAGAGCAGGUUUCUAGAACUGGUGGGAGAGAACAGGAGAUGUUGCACAAGCACUCGGCACCAAGAGGCAGCCCUGAGAUGGCAGGAGCAACACAGGAGGCUCAGCGGGAACAGACCAGGUCAAAGGAGAAACGCCUCCAAGCCCCUGUUGGCCAAAGGGGAGCAGAUGGGAAGAAUGGAGUGCUCAUGUGGUUGAGGGAGAAUCCGGGGGGCUCUGAGGAAAGUCUGCGCGAGCUCCCUGGCUCCCUUCCCCCAGCAGGCUCCCUGCAAACCAGCGUCACCCCGGGGCCCUUGUGGGCUGAGGCCCCUUGGUUGGUGGGGGGCCAGCCUGCCCUGUGGAGCAUCCUGCUGAUGCCGCCCGGAUAUGGUAUUCCCUUCUACCAUAGCACUCCCACCACUGGAGCCUGGCAGGAGGUCUGGCGGGACCAGAGGAUCCCACUGUCCCUUAAUGCCCCCAAAGGGCUCUGGAGUCAGAACCAGUUGGCCUCCUCCAGCCCCACCCCAGGUAAGCCCCUCGAUGCCCUGCAUACACCUGUAACACGGUGCCUUCUCUGGGGUGGGGCUCCAGGAGUCCAGCCUGAGCAGGGCCCCUACCUCCCACUGUUCUCUCCAGGUUCCCUCCCCAAGGGCCCCGCACAGCUCAGCCCUGGGGAGAUGGAAGAGUCUCAUCAGGGGCACAAAGGUGCACUUGCAACCUGUGCGGGUCAUGAGGACAAGGCAGGCUGCCCACCUCGCCCGCACCCUCCCCCGGCCCCUCCUGCUCGGUCUCGGCCCUAUGCGUGCUCUGUCUGUGGAAAGAGGUUUUCACUCAAGCAUCAAAUGGAGACGCACUACCGAGUCCACACAGGAGAGAAGCCCUUCUCCUGUAGCCUUUGUCCUCAGCGCUCCCGGGACUUCUCGGCCAUGACCAAGCAUCUGCGGACUCACGGGGCCGCUCCGUACCGCUGCCCCCUGUGCGGGGCCGGCUGUCCCAGCGUGGCCUCCAUGCAGGCGCACAUGCGCGGUCACUCGCCCAGCCAACUCCCGCCAGGAUGGACCAUCCGCUCCACCUUCCUCUACUCCUCCUCGAGGCCGUCUCGGCCCUCGACCUCUCCCUGUUGUCCUUCUUCCUCCACCACCUGACGGGGUGUCGGUAGCGUCUUAGUCAAGAGUCCAAUUAAAGAACGAAAAGCGGGCCGGCUAGGCUUCUGACCUGGCACCGCUGCUACGGCGGCCUAGCAAAUUCCGCCCCAGAAAGGGCACCGAGUGCCCUCUCCUGGACGAUCGCGGGUCGCAGAAGCCCAGGCCAGCGAGCCCUACAGGGUGAGGACACUGAAGUGUGCAGAAGCGAAGGUUAACAGUAGUGGGGGGGGAUUGUCGAUCUCAUCACCAUAAUAAAGAGUUUCCUGUGCUCUCCCUUCAGGACUAGAAAGCCAA